AUGGCUCCAACGAAUAGUUACUCUGGAAGCGGGUCUAACGGAAUCUUAACCAUUUCUGCCAGCCAAAACACUGUUCACUCUCAACGACAAUCCAAUGUCAAACCACCUUUCCCCAGGCUGAAAGUCAUCAUCAGGAGGCUACCACCUGGCCUUGCCGAAGCUGAAUUUAGAUCUAGCCUAGGACGUGAAUGGGAAGUUGGUCAAGGAAAAGUAGACUGGCUUCUAUAUAAGGCUGGGAAGGUGUCCAAAGAUCCCUCCAAACCAUCUCGGCCAUCAAGAGCCUAUUUUCACUUAACAAAUGAAUCACAUCUCUUCAGUUUGUCAGACAUUAUACGUGACACCAGUUUUGAGAACACACAGAACCCAACAAAUACUCAAGUCCUUAUCGGCCCUCCAAUAGUUGAAUACUCACCAUAUGGUUCCACUCCUAUCAAUAAACCCCGAGUUGAUCCCAGAUCUGGGACAAUUGACCAAGACCCAGAAUUUAUGGCCUUCCUUGAGGGGCUUGCAAACCCCACGAAGGAACUUAGUACUGAGAUUCCUGUUGAGGAAAGUCCCAAGAAUGAAAAGGCUACAACAACUCCCCUCAUACAGUAUCUGCGUGAGAAAAAAGCAACCAAGAGCAAGGAGUUAACCACAAAAUCGAUAAAGAAACACGAAUCUCAAAGCUCUAGAGGGAAGAAUUUCAAAGAACCUGUACCAAUUGCGGAAGAGAUAAGAAAAAAAGGUAGAGAUGUGAAAGUGGAUCGUCUUGUUGGUAAAGCUGCAAAAGACGCCGUCAGAAUUCUCAAUAGAGAGAUUACUUCAAAGCCAGAAUCUACACCUCUAAAUGUGAACAUCGAACCUGAGUCUGAAAGAUCCGCGCCUAAAUCUGAUACUUCCAAGGCAACACCUAAUCGACAGAGAGGGGUAGCUAUUGCAGCCCACAUUAGGAUGCUACAUCGAGAUUUAGGGCUUAGUUCAGCUCAGUCAUAUCGACAAGCUAGGCGUGAUGCCACUAACCCUCAGAAGAUUGAAAAGCCUGUAACGGUCGAAAGAGGAACUUCAAGCCAAAAAGGCUCUCCAUCAAAAGCUUGGCAAGCUACGCCAGUACCUACAGCACCCAAGGUCAACUCAAAUAAUUCAGGCAGUAGGAGAGGACGAGCAAAAGGACAACCAUCAGAAUCAGGGGGCAAUGAUCCAUUCGCUGUCACGAUAAAGCCACCAGCUCCAGUAGUUCUUUUAAAGAAAUCGGAUAACCACCAGAAUCAUGUAGCGUCUAACCCAAUAGGUUCAAGCUCAAUAAGUAAGCCAACGCCGGCUGGACCAUCGCGGAAAAACCCAGUAAUAUUACCAAGCGAGGGUGCUACGCAAGCCUUUGUAAAACAUGCCAAUCCUUCCCAAGGUAUCACCGAAUCACUUUUAAAAGAAGCAAUGGAGAAAUUUGGAACCACUUCAAAAGUUGAAAUUGAUAAGAGAAAAGGAUUUGCUUAUGUCAAUUUCACCGAAGCCGAAGGCUUAAAAAAUGCCAUGGCCGCCAAUCCUAUAUCAGUUGCCCAAGGCACAGUUCAGGUCAUGCAACGGAAAGGAACCGGUCUUCCACCCGAAAAGAAAUCUACAAAUCACACAGCUCAUUCUUCAUCUCGAAGUGGCCGUGCUGGGCGCGGUACAGUCAGCAGGAGGGGUGGGAGAGGUGCCUAG